UCUACCGUACUUUCCAAGGUUCUGUAAGAAUCGUUCCUACUUUCUAUUCCCUUAGGUGAAACAAAUUCUUUUUCCUAAAUCUCCCUCAAGGCUUAUACGAAUAUUUCUUUUAUACAUAAAUGCAAAUUAAUAACAUGUUCCCAUAUUUUACAUAAACCGAAGUGUACGUCACUGGUGCUAAUCUGCUAUGACAUAACCUCAAAUCGAAAGUGACAUGCUAUCCAGAUUAAUCAGCAAACGGUUCUACGCAACAAUGUCAACUUUUCGAGUCGCCCUAGUGCAACUUGCGGUAAACAGCAACAAGGAAGAAAAUGUUUCUCGAGCAAUUUCAUUCAUAGAACGUGCAAAGCAAAAACAAGCUGAUAUGGUUGCUCUCCCUGAAUGUUUUAACUCUCCUUAUGGAACUGCCCAUUUUCCAAAGUACGCAGAACCUAUCCCAGACGGUCAGACAUGUACGGCAUUGUCUGCGGCAGCAAAAAAAAAUGGUAUUCACGUGAUCGGCGGCACAAUACCCGAAAAGGAUGGGGACAAAUUUUACAACACAUGUACCGUUUGGGAUCCACAAGGAAAGCUCAUAGGGAAACACAGGAAGAUGCAUCUGUUUGACAUUGACAUUAAAGGAAAAAUGACAUUCCGAGAAAGUGACACCCUCAGUGCAGGCGAUUCCUUGACGACCAUUGACAUGCUGGGCUGCAAGAUCGGUAUCGGGAUCUGCUACGAUAUCAGAUUCGAGGAAAUGGCACGGUUGUACAGAAAUUUAGGUUGCCAAAUGUUGAUAUACCCGGCGGCGUUUAAUAUGACAACUGGUCCUCUGCACUGGAGUCUUCUUCAACGGGCAAGAGCAAAUGACAAUCAGCUGUUCGUUGCCUGCAUAUCUCCUGCACGAGGACUAGGUGCUGGAUACAUUGCGUGGGGUCAUUCCCAACUUACCGAUCCUUGGGGCGAAAUCCUUGCGGAGUUGGAUGCCGAAGAGGACAUGAUCGUAUCCGACGUAGAUUUGAAAAAAGUGGACGAAGUCAGAGCACAAAUUCCAGUGUUCCGUCAAAGGCGCACCGACUUGUAUGAAACUGUCUGGAAGAAGAAGGACUAAUUUUAUUACACUCCACGGAAUAAUCGUGGACAUACUUGAUACGGUAAAGAAGAAAUACAUUUUGUAGGUUUAUUAAGGGAGUAUUCAGAAAACAGUGAGGAUUAUUUUCAAAUUCGUUUAAUGUGACUUCUGUCGAUAAUUGCGGUGAAUUUAUAAUUAUCGUUUAUACAUAAAAGGCCCCUUUAUCGUUAUAUAAUCCGAAUUAUGGUCAGAAGUAAUCACACGUUGUAAUGAUAUGCAAGAAUCAUUAUCGAUGUAUUUACACUGGUACUGGGUAAUAAAUAUUCGUACGUGUAAA